AUGGCUCCACCGAAGUCUGGCAGCAAAGGGCAGAGCAACCAGCGGCUCAAGCUGGUCGUGCGGAGGCUUCCUCCCGACCUUCCCCCCGCCGUCUUCUGGAAGACCGUCUCGCCAUGGGUUACGCGCGAGGACGCGGACGGCGAGGGCCAGGAGGGCGCUGAGAAGGUCGUCUGGAGCGAGUACAAGCAGGGCAAGGUCCGCAGGAGCGGCAAGGACAAGGACAGCGUUCAGUCUCGAGCGUACAUCACUUUCAGGACCGCCGACGCGCUUGUUGCGUUCAGUCGCGGCUACGACGGGUGGAGCUUCCGCGACAAGGCUGGCAACGUCAGUCAGGCGGUCGUCGAGUUCGCGCCGUACCAGCGGAUGCCGACAGCUCCAGCCAAAGCGGAUCCUCGCCAGGGUACAAUCGACGACGACCCGGACUUUCUCGCUUUCCAAGAGGCGCUCGCGGCUGCGCCAGCAGCUCCUCAGCCGGCCGAGACCCCUGCUGUGAACCCGAAGUCAACGCCGCUCCUCGAAUACCUCCGCCAGCAGAAAGCCGCCUCCAAAGCCUCGCGGAAGCAGGCUCUCGCCGCAAUCAAGGGGAAAGGACCCAUCGUCCUCCCUGGCGCGACGAAGGCUCAGCUUGCGACUGCGGUGCACGGUGGAGUUCAAGCGUCGGCGGGGAAGGGCGCGAAGGGCGGAAAGAAGGACAAGGCGAAGGAGAAGAAGGGAAAGGGCAAGUCGAAGGAGUCGAGCCGGAGCGCGACGCCUGUUCCCGGCGCAGCGGCUUCGGGCAGUGGCGCAGCGAAAGGCGGGAAAGGCUCGAAACCGCCGACUCGACCUGCGUCUGCGGCAGGAGGACAAGCGACUCCGCCCGCUCCGCACAUCCCUUACCCGCCAGGCUCGGUCGGCGCGCAGCAGCAACAAGCGCAACGCAAUGCCGCUCUUCAGGCCCAGCAGGUCCGACAGCAGCUCCAGCAGCAGCAUCGCGCCGCUCAGCAGCAACAGCGAGCCGCGCAACCGCAGCAACAGCCUCAACAGACAGCGAUUCUCUCGCCCCAACCGCAGAUUCUGCGCAACCCCGCUCGCCCGAUGCAGCAAGCCGUCUCUCCUGCACCGCCUGCGACGUUCCCGAGCACACCUGCGGUCCAGCUUCCUCGACCGCCGCCCGUUCUCGCCAGUACGGGUCCUCCGACUCCUGUGGGCGGAGCUGGCGGUCAACGGGGACGCGGCCGAGGCGGAGGACGCGGCGGCGGCAAUGAGGGAGGGCGUGGAGGGCGCGGACGAGGUCGAGGUCGAGGUCGAGGACGAGGCGGAGCAGCAGUCGCAGGAGCACCUCCCGCCGGCGGAGGUUCCUAG